AUGGUAAAAUAUAUUGCUUUCAUGGAUGUUAUAAGACAAGAAGAAAUAGAGAAGUUUUAUCAAGCAUGUCAAAUGCAUAGAGAAUAUUACAAAGGAUAUCCUAAAAGUCAUCAUCCUCUUAAAUACUUUAAAGAUCCAGAAUAUGCUUUCCAAUGUCCACCUGAAAUGUCCGAGUCAUAUUUGAGUUUUCCACCUUACCACGUGAAAUAUAAGCAGCCCGCCAUUUUACCUCCAACGAUAAGUCGUACUUCUGGCUUUCCUCAAUUGCCAAACCGUUCUUUGGCUGGGCGAUUUAAUAAACCAGCGUGUAAGGCAUUCAUCCGAUAG